AUGACGGAGCUGGUCGAGUUGCGGGAUGCCUCGACCUUCGAGGGGGACGCCAGCCCUUCAGUGCCAAAGCCGACGGCCUGGAACUCCACGGCAGUCCUUGCGUGCACAUGCUGCUUCCUGAUCUAUGUGCUUCAGAUGGUGGGGUUGGCAAAGAUUUCGCCUCACAACACCUCCGACACAGUCUGUGUGACGAUACCUGGGCUAAAGGAGAAAACCGUCCUACGCGCGUAUUACGUAAUCACGGAAAUCGCCUACCUCCCCUCCUUCGCGUGGGGCCUGGUCGAGUGCUUGCGGUCGGCUGCCGUGGACAUCCGCAUCCAAAGCAAUGCGUGGUCGACGUAUACGAAGCUCAUGGCCAGUACAACUCUUCUCUGUUUCUACCAGCUCGCGGCGCGGAUCCUCAUGGACAGCCUAGCCCACGACUACAUCAAUGGUGUGAACUUGAACGACCCGGUGGCCGUCCUUGGCUUCGUGACAGGCAGCACCCUGUCCUACAUCGUGCAGUGCCGGCUUUUCGCAUAUGCCGACCAUAUCAUGGGCUGCAACCGCCAAGGUUGCUGCUGGCGGCGCCGGGAAGCACCGGCCCAGCCUUCCGGGUGUCAGGACCGGCCUUUUAGACCUCCUCCCGCUGCGUCCGCCUGUGUUUGGGUCGCGGCGUGUCUGAUUGGGCUGCGCGCCUAUCACAGCGGUGUGCUGCUGGCGGGCUAUAAAGCGCCCCACUGGCUCUCCACCUUAGCCCGCUUCUCCCGCAUUUCCUACCGCUUCCUGAUGGGCGUGGCCCACUUCCUGCGGGCGCGUGCGUACUUGGAGCACCCUCUGAACGAACGCCUCAGCGCACAGUUGAGGAGCAACAUGGCCACCUUGAGCCAGAUGAUGGUCGUGGCGUGCGUUUUGGGCACCUCUACCGACUUCCUCGUCGUGGCGAGGGGGGUGGUGCUGCCAGACGUCUUCUCUCAGGAUUUCACUGAUGCCGAGAUGGACACCUUGAACGACCUCUUCACUCAGUGGCUGCCCGUCACGCUGAUCAUCACAGGUACCAUCGACAAGCGUGCUCCCCAGCAAACCAUGAACGACCUCCGGGCCUGUGGCUUCAACAACGGCCUGGUGCUCUUCUUCCUUUACCUGGGCACCUUUCUCUUCGGGGCCUGGGGCGCACGCGCCAUCCUCUUCGCAGCUUCCCCGGCCGGUCGGAAGGUCGCAGAGCUCGGCGGGGGUGCUCUGGCGCUGGCCAAGGGUGGGGCGGGCAUGAUGUACUUCGCCAUGCCAGCUCUCUUCGUGACGGUCCUCCCCUUCAUGGUCAACCUUGUGAAUAAGGCCGCCAAUGUCUCUGUCCCCAUGUGGCCGGGGGAGGGCCUGACCUUCAUCACAUACCACCGGAAUGCUGCACACCUCUUUGUGUUGGCGGUGAUCUUGCAUGCCGCCGGCCACAUAUGGUCGUUUGUCAAGGCGGGGAGCGUGGAGCAAUACACCACCGUCCUCUGGCAGGGAAACACGUAUGCCUGGCUUUGGCCAUGGGGAACUGGCGUUCUCAUCCUUCUCCUGGGCCUCAUCCUCUACAUCUCGUUUUGGGCCAUGAAAAGGCAGUGCUACGACUUCUUCAUCCGCAACAAGCGCGUGUUGGGAUCCCUUCUCCUGGUGCUUGCGGGCCUGCAUGGCUUCACCGGCAACUUUGGUCCACCCCGGCUUUGGUGGUUCAUGUCCCUGAUCCUGUGCCUCUGGAUGAUUGACCGGACCGUCAAGCGAUCCCGGGCCAGCCAGAUCAGCUGCAGCCAGCGUAUCCUGAAGAUGCUCAAUGCUCAAGGUCAGUUCAAUGGAGCGAUCCUGGUGUUGCGCUCAGAGGACACCUUCGUCGAAGCCGAGCCGGGUGCGGUGCUGCUGCAGGUGGUGGGCGUGAAUGGCCGUCAUCCGCUGACGCAGAUCGCGUAUCCAUCACCCAGCCGGCGCAACCGCUGGCAGGUGGAGUACCACAUCCGGCUACAGCCCAAUGCCGAGAAACAGAACUGGGCCCACCGCCUGUACGACCAUGCACGCGCACGGGAGGGCACAGAGGAGCCGAUUCACCUCGAGGUGGCUGGACCCAUGAACACCUUGGGCACAUUUGGUCAGGAGGAACUCCUUAAGGACGUCCAUCGCCUGCUCUUUGUGGCCAUUGGCGUGGGCUUCACCGGCUGUGUGCAUCCCAUGUUCCACGCCCAUGAGGCCGAAAUACCACCGGAAGCGAUGCGGCUCUGUAUCCGGACCCCCUCCCCGGAGUACGCGGACGCCGUGGAGCCGGUGUGCUCGGCCUAUGGGCUGCGCCGGGGGGAGCAACUGCGGAUCUCCAUCAGCGAGGACUCGUCACAAGCGAAGCCGGAAGAGCGGCAGAGUCGGAGCCAGUGGGGGAAGAUGCUCACUGGUGAGGUGGACGCCUUGUCCAAGGGCGGGGGUGGGCUGGUGCUCCUCUUCUGUUGCGGGCCAUCGCCCGCAGUGCAGGGCGUUCAGAAGUU